GGAGGAAAAAGGGGAAUCGAAGAGAUUUGGUGAGAUUUGCAGAGAUUUACAGCGAUGGAAAAGGCUACUCGGGCAACGGACGUAGACUCGGUCGAAGAGCAAUACGUUCUACCUUCGACAUUCUCGCCUUGGACCGGCCAUGAGGACGAACCAGACUUUGGGCACUCACGUGCUCAAUCAUUAACACCAUCGCCAACAUCAUCACCACCACCACCCGAGAGGUCUAAGGAGCACCUAUCGUCGUAUAUCGCGGAAGACGAAGUAGUGAGGCCUCCGCUAUCGCGGCGGGCUUCUCCCUUUAGAUCUACGCCGACGCCUCACGCUCAAGGGGACGACGAGCAACUGAUGCUGAGACCGGAUGAUCACGGCAUGCAACCAGUGACCGAAACUGUCAUUUCUGCCGGGGAUAUUCAGCAAAAACGAGGUACCGUACGGCGCACUAAGUUCACGGAAUUACUAAGUCGCUCCCUAUCACUGUCGUUACUGGGCAAAAAGGUCCCUUCCUCGCCUAGCAUAGGCAGUAAUUACAACACGAUAGCGGAGGAACCUUCGAGUCACCAGGGCCCUGAGCAUUACCCCAUGGACUCGGUCAACGCGCCCCGCUUAGCUGUGGAGGAUAGAUCCCGUCCGUCAAGUUCAAGCGGCUCGGAAGACGAUGAUGACAUCGAUAUCGACGAGCUUGCUACCAAAUAUGAGCGACCUCCUCUGGACUGUCACUCGAGACGUGAUGUCUACGUUAAACGCUGGAGCUGGACAUUCAUUAUUCUCUUGUCACUAUCCCUGUACUCUACCCUACUUAGUGGACUAUGGCUUUUUACUUCAAUCUACCAGCCACGUUACGGGAGAGGGAUAUCUGAUAGCGAGGGAUGGAAAAUGGCGCCAUCGACUGCAACGCUGCUCUGCACCUUGAUAGCCAAGACUAUCGAAAUGUCAUUCGUCACUGUCUUCGUGGCUUUCAUCGGCCAGGUUCUGACGCGGAGGGCAUUUGUUAAGAAAUCUAAGGGCGUGACGCUCGCUGAAAUGACGAUGCGGAAUUGGGUCAUUCAACCGGGUUCUUUACUUAGAUAUUGGGCAGGAGUUCCUUUCGCGGCUACGACGGUUAUGGGCGCCUUAUCGCUGAUUGCAGCUAUCUGCACAAUGUUCUAUACGACGGCAUCCGACGCGAUGGUCAGCCCCAAGCUCAAGUAUGGAGCAUGGGAAUCACGCAGCUUGGAGGGGUUCGUAAAGGCUUCCUAUGCGAAUCCGUACUAUGUCCAGAAGGCUUGUUCGACACCCAUCGACACGCAGAUGGAUCCGAAUAACUCGGCCCCCUCUUGUCUUGACGUGCAAUACUCAGGUCAAUCCUAUCACAACCUACUGACCUUCAUGGGUGAAUGGCACACGCUCCACGAGAACAAAUCAUCAACCGCCGAUCAUCUGAGCGUGAGACCCGUGGGGAAGCACAAUCUAUUCGACAACACUACGAUGGCGUCGACCUGGAUAGAGACCGAGUUUGGAGACCCGAAGACGAGCUUCGCAACAUACAACAGGAUCGUAAACAACGUCACUCUAGCGAUGCCCCACGCAGGCGUGUACUCCGCAGCCACAGAUCCCCGAAACAACAUCCUGCAGCCGGACGACUUAGCAGGCGUCGGCGAGUACUCCAUCCGAGCCAGCGUCGUCUCGCCCGUCGUGAACGUGAUGUGCGUGAACAUGGCGCGCGCCGAGCUCGCACCACUCGUAUACACCGAAUGGCCACAAGCGCGAACCGCAUCGACCAACGUGCCGGGCCAGCGCGCCGGCGUAGAAGACUGGUUCAACGACGUGCCCGCGCCCUCGGACACCGAAUGGCUGAACCGCACCGCCGUCGACGACAUCUUCCGGUGGGGACCGAAGUACCACCGACGCCCUCCCGUCUUCCAGCUGUACCCCAUCGACUACAACAUGAUAACCAACACCUCCGUCGCGGUGUCCGCCGACAUCUACGUGCUCGCGAAAUCCGGGACCAUCGACACCUUCGCGCUAUGCCAGCUGUCGUCCUGGGUAACCCCCAAAUGCUCCACCGAGUUCGACGUGUCCGGUAUCUCAGGGGGGUACAUGCGCGCGCACUGCGAAGACCCAGCGAACAGCAUAUCCUACGAAGCCGGGUCAGGGAACACCGACUUCGACAUCCACAUGCCGGCGCCGAGCCUCGACUGGCGCAACCUCGCCGACCAAUGGCGGUUAUCCAUGGACCUGAACGGCGGGGUGCAGAACAACAACGCGAGCAACGCGCGCAUCAUGGCGCACCUAAUCCUCGAGUCCCCAUCUCUCAACCCGAACCUGCCCUCCAUGGCCGAAGCGCUCGCGGUCCUCGCUUCCUCGACACUGGUCGCGGGGACUCUGUACUCGACGUACCGCGCGGUGUGGGACUACCCAAGCGUCGACAUGUCGCCGGGGGGUGUAUACGAAUCCUUCCGCGCGUCGAUGCGCACGCAGGAAUACACGUCGUCGCACGUGAUGGCGUGGCAGGCCGUGUUCUACGCCGUGCUGGGGUUCGUGUUUAUCCUCAACCUCGCGUGUCUGUGCUAUAUCGUGUUCGUGCGCUCCGGGCUCGUCAGCGACUACACGGAGCCGCAGAACCUGUUCGCGGUGUCGGUGAACUCGCCCGCCAGCGGCGCGUUGUCGGGGAGCUGUGGACAUGGGCCGGAUGCACGGGAGAUGGUGGUCCCCUGGCGCGUCGGGUAUUCUGCUGCUGCGAAUCAUUAUUUCUUUGAGGAGGCGACGGGGGGAGUGAGGGCGAGGGGAGAGAGUGUGGUUAGUGGAUCGGAUUUGUUGGCGCCGAGGGGGAGGUAUAGGAGUCAGAAUUGGGAUAAUUAUAAGAGGUUGAGUUCGAGUCGGACUUGGUUGUGAGAUUGGGGAUUGUGAGUGUAAGGAACCUGUUGAAAGAAAUGAGGGUAUAUAGUUAGGUAUUACAGGUAUUGUUUGUAUAUUUUGGGCAUUUCAGUGUUACAUACGCCUAAGGGGUACAUAGUAGCAUAGCGAAGGCGUUUUGGAUGGGGGAGAUUCGGGGAUACCAUGGGAAACUGGAAAAGAAAAGGGGGAAUCACAUAUACUCUGCAUUUACAGGUUCAUUUAGUAGUCAC